AUGAUUCAAGGAUUUUUAUUCUUUGAAAAAUCUGGCUCAAAAUGUAAUACCGAUCCUAUUGCUUCCCCUCUUGACAAAUUAUCUGGUGUGUACUUCCAUACAGAACUAUUGACUUACACUAAUAAAUCUUCUCAACAUCCUGAAUUUCUAAGACAAGCUGCUCUUGAAGUAAUCAAUAAUAUCCCAUCUGAAGCUGUACUGGUUUAUACUGACGGUAGUAAAGAUGAAAAUGGUCACACUGGUAGCGGGGUUGUAAUUAAAUCCGGCAAUGAAGAGACUUUCCUUAGUCAGCGCAACCCUGACUUUAGUUCCGUCUUUGGCUCAGAAUUGAUAGCCAUUGACAUGGCUCUGGGCUUUUCUUUAGAUCACCAAUUAAUCGGUGAGAUUUGGCUUCUAGUUGAUAGUCGUAGCGUCAUACAGUACUUAGAAAACUGGAGGAAUAUUGUAGACCAGAGAGGCAUCCGUGUUUUUGAAAAAUUAAAAUUGAUGUCCAAGUCCUCCGCUAUACAUUUUCAAUGGAUACCAUCUCAUGUAAACCUUAAAUAUAAUGACAUUGCCGAUAGUCUGGCUAAGAAGGGUUCAUCCCUGACUCUGAAUUCUGCUGAGCCCUUAACUUUCCAGGAAAUGCAUUCCAGAAGUAAGGCUCUUGUCAACUCAUCUUGGAAACUACCACCUUCCCAUCCUUGGUACCUUGGCUCUGGCCCUGGUGGUGCUCUGAGCUUUGGCGGUGCUAGACAAGACCAGACGGCUCUGUCUAGAUUUAAAUCUGGCCACCUCAAGACUCUUCGGUUCUCCGGUGGGAACAAGAUCUUCCCCAACUCCACAAAGUGCAAUUCAAGCGAGGCCACUGCUGAGCAUUUGCUUCGCUGUAUUGGCUUUUCCCGGGAGAACCUGCUUCAUAGCCCCAAUAAUGUCCUUGAUGGUUUGAAGGCGAAUGGUCUCAUGGACCUGAUCUGA